CACGGGUAAUUAUGCUGCAUGUGACUCUGGCUCUCUGCCUCCCAUGACUAUGGCAGCCUGGGGCUGGUUUGCAACAGGCUCAUACGGCUUCGUUGCUAACGUGAGUAAUAAUUUUGACAAACCUGCAAGUCCUCAUCCAGUCUACUCAUACAGUAUACUCCGAACCAGUUCAUUCCACUCCCACAUCUAUACCGCCUUUUAUUUUAUUUUCAGCUCAGCACUACGCACCUUCCCUACCUAUUCAACUUGCUACCCACCAAGCUGUUGAGUGGCGGUCUCUUCCGGCAUCCAUUCACGACGCACUAUGCACUGCGAAGAUGGCAUUUAACUCUCUGCCAAACGAAAUACUCGCCCAAAUAUGUUCUUGUUUGUGUUUUCACUGCCGAAACCCCGGAAUGUUCCCAAACUCAAACACUAAAGAGUCACGCAUGGACAAGAUUACGCUGGCGCGUCUGUGCCGAGCGUCAAAGAUGCUAUGCUCCUUCGCGCAGCCUGUCCUAUUUCACUACUAUGCGACUGGCAAUCUCGCUCGAUCGGUCCGCACCGAUUUUCAGGAGUAUAAUCGCAGUUGGGAUGUCGAAUACUGGAAUUUUGAAGACGAUAAACUCCCAGCCUUCCUUCGCUCUCUCAUAACCCGUCCUGACUUGGCGCUUUGCGUUAAAUCGCUACAGCUUCAGGGCUUUGGGGAUCAAGAUCUUUGCAGCCCUGAGCUCAUGCGGCUUCUUUUUAAUGCUGGUAACGCACUUAAUUUUAAGCCCCCAGCUGGCUGGCGCUGGAAGGGUUGGGCUGAAGAGCCUGAGGACUGGUCUGAUUAUGAGCCGCCUACCAACCGCACUUAUAUCGUAUCUUAUGAGAAUUUCCACCCUGACUUCCUUGAUUUCCACGAUUGGCUUAGGGCACUAGCAAUCGCUCUUACACCACGCACUGAAAUGCUAAUGUAUAUUUGCGAAGGGCUUUCCGAAUUGGAUUCGUUCAAGGAGACCAAAACGGUGCUACCAGCGCUCAAGACACUCGCACUGAGGGGCGCUAAUGAUGAAGACUAUUUUUUGUCUAGCAUACACCCCCUCCUUACCGUUGCGCCGAACCUAGAGACAUUAUAUGCGCUAGAUUGCAAUGGCGUAAAAAAUAGUCCGUCUAGAUAUUCUUUAGUGGCUAAAGGGGAUAUGUGGAUAGAAAACCUUGCUGUUAACAAGGUGCAUAAGUUAGUGCUUGAUGAGAUUCCUCCAGCAGUAUUUGAGAAGUUGAUAGAGCGAUUUGUUCAAUUGGAAGAUCUUGAGUACUACAUCUAUAGUUGGGCGAACUAUCCUAAUAUUAUGCAAGCUAUUUCUCCGACGAAAGGGAGGCUUAGGAGGCUCUGUUUUGGAUAUUUACCACCACCUGCACCCGGCCACUACGAGAGCAGGCUACCAGACAACGACUAUGCAACCAUCACAUCAUUGCAGGAAUUCACUCAGCUCGAGGAACUCGUUAUUGACCAGGCACUGCUCUACCGCAAAUCUGAUGGUCCUAAAGGCACAAUACUAGUGACACUGCUACCCUCUAUUCGAAGAAUACAUCUCACGUAUGUAUACAAGAGCAUGUACGAAGAUUUGAUGAGCCUCGCCCAUGAAGCACCAAGAAGCUUUCCUAAUCUUCGAAGCCUAAAGAUCGGUCUCUCGAGUCCAAUACCUCCCAACAGAAUAGCGGAGAUUGAGAAAAUGAAAGCAGUGGAAUCUACCUUUGUCAGUAUGGGCGUGCAUGUGUCAUGGGCGGAGGAUUUGAAGGGGCCGUUUUUGUACACGGCGAUUCCGGGCGGAGCUCCCGGCUUGACGGUAACCCAUGUGCCUGCCUCCUCGGGAGUAUGGGAGUAAUACGAAUGUGUUCAAAAUGGGUUCUGGUUAUGAAUAAAUUGAAAGGUUGAUGGGAGUUUUGAGUUUUAAUUAUAAAACAAAACCUGCAACUACACCUACUUCGACGACUAUAAAAAUGCUCAUUACUCGCUACAUUCACGAGAACAGAGACUUCUUCACUUCCGCUGCUGAUCAAUAAUCUCCCUCGCUGCUAAUUGCCGCU